AUGCGUCGCCUCUGGGGUAUUUGUGCUGCGGGUACGAUGGUCUCGACACUUGUUGCUCGGGGGGAGAUUGCAAUAUCUUCUGUUGCAAUUGCUACGAGGGCUGAAAUAUCUUGUACAGGAUGCGAUACAUGUCCAAUGCGUUGUGAAAAGCUGUGCAGGAAAGGCUGCCCAGAUAUCCCUGACGAUCCUCGAAAAUGGCCUUGGGCUGACCAACAAUGCGUGGUGCAAUGUUAUUUUCAAUGUAUCGCUGACAAGCAUACGCCUGCGGAAGGCUUAUUGGGAAGACGAGGGGACCAGGAUGAAGAUCAUUCGGAUGAGAAGAUGUUUCGAAUGGUCGACAUAGAAGGCUUGGGAUUUUUCAAUUACGGGCAGUUCUUACAAAUGCUAGGUGAAGCUGAUACCCCAGAGGCCAGUUCGAGGUUUCAAAGGUUCGACUCAGAUGGUGAUGGGAAACUAUCCUUGCACGAAAUGAGGUUGCAAAGAUCAUAA